CCUUCACACCCAAAUUGCCUUCUUUUUUUCUCCUUCUUGCACCCCUUCCUCCUUCAUCUCUCACCUUUAUCAAUCCCAUUCAACUUCUCUCUCUCUCUCUGUUCCUCCCCAGUAACCAUGCCUGAGGCUCCCAAAUGUCCCCAGAAAGCCGGAGAGGAGGAGGAGGAGUAUGUUGUUGCGACCGAGAACAAGAAGGUUCUCCAGUUCAUUGAAGAUAUCACCAUGAACGCCGAUCAGGUUCAGACUAAGGUCCUCGCCGAAAUCCUCUCCAGAAACGCCGACGUCGAGUACUUGCAGCGCCACGGCCUUGGUGGCCAUAUUGACGCACAAACUUUCAAGAAAACCAUGCCUGUUAUCACCUAUGAGGAUAUUCAACCUGAUAUCAACCGUAUCGCCAAUGGCGACAAAUCCCCCAUUCUCUGCUCUCAACCCAUCUCUGAGUUCUUAACAAGUUCUGGGACGUCAGGAGGGGAAAGAAAACUGAUGCCAACAAUAGAAGAAGAGCUAGGGAGGAGAUCAAAGCUUUACAGUCUAUUAAUGCCGGUGAUGAGCCAGUUUGUGCCCGGGCUAGAACAAGGCAAAGGGAUGUAUUUUUUGUUCAUAAAAUACGAAGCCAAGACCCCAGGAGGGCUAGCGGCUCGCCCUGUUUUAACCAGCUACUACAAAAGCUCUUACUUCAAAAACAGGCAGCCAGACCCCUACACCAAUUACACCAGCCCAAACGAAGCCAUUCUCUGCCCAGAUUCCUACCAAAGCAUGUACUCCCAGAUGCUCUGUGGCCUCUGCCAACGCCACGAAGUCCUCCGGGUCGGGGCGGUUUUCGCCUCGGGGUUCAUUCGGGCCAUCAGGUUCCUGGAAAAGCACUGGAAACUUCUCUGCCACGAUAUCCGGACCGGAACGGUUAACUCCCAGAUCACUGAGCCUUCUGUGAGGGAAGCAGUGAUGAGAAUUCUGAGGCCUGAUCCCAAACUGGCAGAUUUUGUGGAGGGUGAGUGCAAGAAAGGGAGCUGGCAAGGGAUUAUCACGAGGAUUUGGCCCAACACUAAGUAUGUGGAUGUUAUUGUCACUGGGACUAUGUCACAGUACAUCCCCACCCUUGAUUUCUACAGCAAUGGCCUCCCUUUAGUCUGCACUAUGUAUGCCUCCUCUGAGUGUUACUUUGGUGUCAAUCUUAACCCCCUUUGCAAGCCCAGUGAGGUCUCCUACACCCUCAUUCCCACCAUGGCCUACUUCGAAUUCUUGCCCAUUCAUCACGAGAAUGAACAGCAAGAACAAUUGGUGGACUUAACUGAUGUCAAGCUUGGACAAGAAUAUGAGCUUGUUGUCACAACUUAUGCAGGACUAUAUCGGUACCGGGUGGGGGAUGUGCUGAGGGUGGCAGGGUUCAAGAACAAGGCGCCGCAGUUCAACUUCGUGUGUCGCAAAAACGUGGUGUUAAGCAUAGAUUCCGACAAGACCGACGAGGUGGAGUUGCAGAACGCGGUGAAAAACGCCGUCACCCAUUUACACCCAUUCGACGCGCACUUAACCGAGUACACAAGCUACGCGGACACCACAACAAUCCCGGGCCAUUACGUGCUGUUCUGGGAGCUAAACGUGAAGGGAUCAACCCCGGUUCACCCUUCGGUGUUCGAGGACUGCUGCCUCGCCGUUGAAGAGUCGCUGAACAGCGUUUACCGGCAGGGGCGAGUGGCGGACAAGUCGAUUGGGGCGCUGGAGAUCAAGGUUGUGGAAGAAGGGACCUUUGAUAAGCUGAUGGAUUAUGCCAUUAGCCUUGGGGCUUCAAUCAACCAGUAUAAGACCCCAAGAUGUGUGAAAUUUGCGCCCAUUAUUGAGCUCUUGAACUCUAGGGUUGUGUCUAGCUUCUUCAGCCCCAAGUGCCCAAAGUGGAUCCCUGGCCAUAAGCAAUGGGCCACCAUGCAUAUGGAGUGAGGUCGUCGUCCAUGGCGUUUUUGCUGGCUGCGCUGUUUAAGCUUCAAAAAAUAUGGAGAAGAAAACGAAAAAUAAACAAGGAAAACUGUACUGUACUGUACUGUACUGCUUUUGUAAUCUUCUCUUUAUCCGUUGUAGAAGUCAAUCCAGUUUAAUUCAAUCCACCUAGGUUAA